AUGAAGAGUCUACUACUGGUGCUGGCCGGCCUGGCCGGCUCCGCGCUGGCACAGACGGUGGCUAAGUCGUACACCGGCUGGGACUGCUGCAAACCCAUCUGCGCAACAGUCAAUGGCAAGAACGCGCUGCUGGAGUCGCGGGGGGUGGUAGGGGUGUGCGACAAGAACAACCAGCCCAUCUCGGACCGCGACGCGGGGAUCCGGGCCAACACGGGAUGCAGCAGCAGCUCGAGCAACAGCGCGUACCUGUGCGACUCGUACGCGCCCACCCCGGUGGCCGACGACGUCAGCAUCGGCUUCGCCAUCCAGGUGUCGGACUCGCAGAACGGCGACAACCCCAACUGCUGCAAGUGCUACCAGGUGCGGUGGCUGACCGGCGCCGCCGCCAACAAGAGCAUGAUCGUGCAGAUCCUGACCCCCGGCGGCUCCGGCGGCGACGUCAAGAAGAACGACCUCAUUAUCCUGACGCCUGGCGGCGGCGUCGGGCCGCUGACUAGUGGGUGCACCAAUCAGUACGGCAAGUCGUAUUCCUGGGGCGACGCGCGCGGCGGCGUCAAGAACAGGGAGGCGUGCGAGAAGCUGCCGUCCAACCUGCAGGGCGGCUGCUACUGGCGCUUCAACUGGGCGCGCGGCGAGGUCAACGGCUGGGACAUCAUCUACGAGCAGAUCGCUUGUCCGUCGGUGCUGACCGACAUCUCUGGCUGCGCGGCGCCGUUCUGA